ACGCGGGGACUCCCCGCAGCCAAUCGCAGCUGCGCUUAAACCAACCUGGUAAAGUUUGCUUUCUCAGUCGUCUUACGGCGGUCAGUGAAUCAAACAGCGUCUGCUUCUUCUUCUACGGGGCUUUAAAGAUGCUAGUAAACAAGCUAGUUUCUGCUUCGUCCAAAACUUCUCGCUCAAAAGUCAGACACGCCGGCGAAAAGAGCCUGCUGUGAGGGGAGAAGAUGUAUCUGUGGCGGCUUUCCAUCGCUGUAAGCCUCGGCCUGGUUUGGUAUUUUUCAGACUACGGACCCACAGUCACACAUUACAUUAUAUGUUUCCUCUUUUGCGUUUCAACAACGCCGCUGCUGUGUGGAAACCAUGGGCGAGAAAGCAGCACCCAAACAGACGAAGAGACUAAAGAACACCCGCUUCAGGAAACAGUCGAGGAAGAGUCGCUUGAACCUGUUCAGGCGGGGAACCUUGGCCAGAACAUACCACUGACUUCUCAAUGUCCACAUGUAAAGAAGUCUCUUCAGCAAGUGUUCGAAUGUGCCUACGCUCAGCUGGUUCUGCCUUGGUACGGCGUCCCCGAGCCCUGCGAGCAACAGCCUCUGCACAAGGUGCUCAGCAGGGAUUUUGACUUUGUAAUCGACCGCAUCAUUGAGAGGGCCAGGGACUUUGAUGUCUGCCAGGCUGUGGUGAGCUCCAUUAGGAUUUUGACUCAGCACUUGCAUAAGGCAAAGCAGCCAGACCGAGACCCCUUGUUCAGCUCCGCUGCUCUGGAAAUGGCGUUUCUCAGAGAGCUUUCCGACGCCCUGGUGCGCAACCUUUUCCCCCGAUCUUUCUGGGGGCAAGAAACCUACCAUUGUGCCUUAAAUGAGAUGAUUGCCUUAAAGGGUCUGGGCCUCCUGGUGAAUUGGCUUUCUGACCCCGACAACUUGAACCAGCUGGCUGUGAAUCAGCUCGACAGUGUUGCCCUGAAAAGCUCUGCAGAGGAGCUGCAUGCAUCUGACCCAGAUCACACUUCUGUUGCUCCGCAGGAGGGCGAAUGCGACGAGGAAGGCAGCGAAGUAAACUCGCUUGGAGCAGAGAUUUCAACCGGCACUGGAUUGGUGUGCAAACGGAGAGGCCAUAGGUUGAGAGAAGGAUGGUCCAAAUUUGUGGACAAGAUGAAGACCAAGAAAGCCAAGAAGAAGAAGAUUAAAAAGAUGGAGCAGGACCUGGUCCUGAGGAUCAUGGCGGUCCACGAUGGCGGAUCCAACGAGGACGAUGCCAGCAGCAAAGAGGGCUCCCUCAUGAGCCAGGAGGACUCGGAGUUGGAAGACCGCGAUCUGGACGACUAUCUGGCAAGCGUCCAGGAGGACAUGAUGGAAUUCAAGCUUUCUUAUGAGAUGUGGCGCGUCGGCUGCUGGGCUGUCAGCAUCCCUCAUGCAGACUGGGAGGACUCUGAGCUGAUCUUUGCGGUGCAUUUGGAGGAAAAGGACAGCCCUGAGAAUUUACAGUGGGACAUUAAGAAGGCUUACAUGGAUGUUGUUCAUUUCCGCAACAGAUGGCAGGACUCCACCAGCCUUCCCACCAUCGUUAAACUGGAAGAAUCUGAGGUCAACAAUAAGGUUAAAGAAGAAGCCACAGCAUCAGUUCAACACUUCCUGCAGGAAUUAGUUUCUGACAGUAUGAUCGGCCACACGCUGCCGGUUUUUCAGUUCCUGUGUCCCCUCGACAAACUGCUGAAUGAGGAGGAGCAAUUUGGGGGCGUAUGGGGAAUUCUCAGUGGUUUGGCCUGCUUUCUAACCCCUGGCCAAGAGGAAGAAGAGAACUCAAGCCUGCAGACAGAAGUCCCCAAAGAAAACACAGUGACAUCUCCACAUCCUGAAUCCUCCCCCUUCUCUGUAGAAAAUCAUUGUGAAUCCACUCCGAUUCAGAAUGGUUCUCCGUUCCCAACGAUUGUCGUCUCCCAGUAUAAUUCCCCUCCCCAACAGCCUGAGGAAGCAAAAGUUAACCCCCAACCCGCUGCUAAUGCAGACACCUCGCAUGAAAACAGCUUUCAGGAGAAACCCGAGGACUCUGAUUGCACCUUAACCUCUCACUUCAAAAUGAUGUUCAGAGGAAAAUCCAGGUCACAGGAGUCUCUGUCCUCGACGAAGGGCAGCGGGGAUGAGGAGCAGCCUGAUGAAACGCAGCAAGCGGGCGCAGAGGAGCUGUCGCAACUCAGCUGCUGUUCAAAGUCAUUUAAAAAGGAGAGGACAUGUUUCCAGAUGUCAGGUGGAGCUGGCAAGAUGAAAGGAAAGGAGACAACACAGGGCCCUCUGCAGAGAGGGGAGGACUCUCAGAGAGGCCAAGGCAACUGGGAGCAGCUGGAGUCAACCAAAGCCAUAUUUGAUCUGCUGAAAGAAAUAUCAGGAAACUCCAUCCUCAUCAACAUUUUUGAUGCCAUAUUAAAACCUGUGAUGCCCAUCUUGAAGAAGAAGUUGAACUCUUUCCUGAGCAAGUUAAACCCAACAGAGGACCAGAUGGCUGCCUACAUCGACACUCUGCGCAGCAAACUGUGGCCAGAGGUCCAGCAGGUCACUGCUCCUCCUCCUCCUCGCACCGAUGAGGAGAAGAAGGAGACCAGAGAGCGAGCGCACGAUCUCAUCAGCGCUCGAUAUUCAAACCAUCUCUUCCUGAAGAAGACGGAUGUGGAGUCCGUUUUCAAUAUCUUUCAGAACAGAGAGGAAAACAAAACUCUGAUCAAUAUGCUCCUUGGGUUCCUGUUGAGGGAAUUUCUACCCAACGAGCAAUCUCUACCCUUGAGUGCCAACGUUCUUCAGAAAGUGACCAACAACGCCAACUGAUCCGUGAAACCUGCCUUUAUUUUGAAUGUGCGACCCAUUUUUAAAAGUGUGAAGAUAUUUAUAAUUGCCUUCAAAUGUUUGGGACCAUGUAUGCAUGAAUGUGUAAUUUUUACCUCAGACACACUGUGAAUGUUUCUUUUUGUUGAUGAGCUUCUCUUCACACGAACAUGUUGAUGAAAUCAGGACCUUUAUCAGUGGAGGUCAGAAUAUUCUGCAGUUUUUGAUGAUCUCAGGAAGGAAAAGUGACCCUUAUCUCUGUAUUGCAGCUUUCACCUCCCACGUGUUUGUUGUCUAAAAAUAAUUUGUCAAUUAAUGCACUUUGUACCUAAAAAAUGUUUAUUUAAAGGUUUUCAGGGUUUCUUUUUUGAAAAUAUAAAAUCAGAUUUUUUUUAGCUGCACAUAAUUUGUCAAAACACAGUCAGUGCUACUCCUAAAUCUUGAAGUAAAUGUCUAAAACUUAAAUAAAAUGUGUAAUGAUAUAA